UAUUGAAUCAAUCAGGUAUCGUUGUGCGUUAGUUUGGUCUUACAUCUUCGUUUAAUUUCUUUUCUUUUUUAAAUUAUUACCAAGUUCACUUUUCGCGUUUCUACUGUUCGCUAGACAUAAAAUCUGCACGAUUUGUUAAUUAUGGUAUUGUGGAUUUUGUUUUUAGUUUUAAUAUUUAUAAUCUGUGUCUAUGUGGUUGGUCAAAAAAUUUAUGACGAGCAAAAAAUCAAAAGAGGUCAAGCACAAUUGGCUGGAAAGGUCGUACUGAUAACUGGUUCAAGUUCAGGUAUUGGAGAAUCGCUAGCCCACAAAUUCUAUUCGUGCGGUUGUAAAGUGAUUCUAGCUGCACGUCGAGUGGGCGAAUUAGAACGAGUUCGACGUGAUUUAUUGAACACUAAAUUGAGCAAUGGCAUUCAGUCGAUUCGUCCGGAAAUCAUUCAAUUGGACCUGGAUGAAUUGAGUCAACUAACCGAAAAAGCGAAUCAAAUCCUCAGUUCAUCGCCCCAGAUCGAUAUUCUGAUUAACAAUGCCGGGGUUAGCAUGCUAUCGGGUGUACGAACUGUGAAACCGGAGGUGGAUACUCGGGUCAUGAAUGUCAAUUACUUCGGGACUAUUACAUUUACCAAAGCAUUCCUUCCGUCUAUGAUCGAACGGAAACAAGGAACGAUCGUAUUUGUUAGCAGCAUCGUCGGGAGAUUUGCUUUUCCUUAUUGUUCAUCAUACACGGCAUCAAAACAUGCACUACAAGCAUUCGCUGAUUGUUUGAGGUCGGAAAUCGCCGAUGACAAUAUAAAGGUGGUUGUUUCAAGUCCAGGAUUCGUUAAAACUGACAUCAUUAAAAAUGCACUCACUGGUAGUGGCGGUUUCUACGGUGUGACUACACCUGCAAUUGAAAAUGGACAGAAACCGGAUGACUGUGCUAACGAUAUUUUCAGGGCGGUUUUACGUGGUGACAAAGAGAUUGUGCCGAUGAAAUUAAUAAGUAUUGUCUGGAUACGCAGUUUAUUUCCAUCGAUUUACUUCAAAAUUAUGUAUGGUCGUGCCCGAGCGUUCGAGGCCCGGAAUAAGGUUGCGCAUAUCGUUUAGUUUCCGAGGAAAAUAUAAAAUUUUUUCGUGGUUAUUGGAAUUGAUGUACAAACAAUGUGGUAAGGAAAGUGAGCAGUGCGAUCAAAUUUUCUUUUGUAAAAUAAAAUUUUGUUAAAAAGCGACGAAUUUAUUGUACGUUAAAUCGUUCAGAGUAAAAGCCUCUAAGAAAGGAAAAUACCUGAAUUCUAGGUGUUGUCGAAUUUAAUGAUAAGAAACAUGAUAACUGUUUCGAUGAUUCGUGAGAAGGGGGCACCAAUUUUUUAGGA